AUGGGUAGAAAAGGAGGCCACAAAGGCCGAGCAAGACAGUACACAAGUCCUGAAGAGAUUGAUGCCCAGCUCCAAGCAGAAAAGCAAAAGGCAAGGGAAGAAGAGGAGCAAGAAGAAGGAGGUGAAGGAGCAACAGGGGACCCCAAAAAGGAGAAGAAGUCUUUAGAUUCAGAUGAGAGUGAUGAAGAUGAUGAGGAUUAUCAGCAAAAGCGCAAAGGAGUGGAAGGGUUGAUAGACAUAGAGAAUCCCAAUCGUGUAAUUCAGACAACCAAAAAAGUAACUCAACUGGACCUGGAUGGACCUAAGGAACUCUCGCGACGAGAGCGAGAGGAAAUAGAGAAACAAAAGGCAAAAGAAAGAUACAUGAAAAUGCACCUAGCUGGCAAAACAGAACAAGCGAAGGCAGAUCUCGCCCGACUAGCCAUCAUUCGGAAGCAAAGGGAAGAAGCUGCCAGAAAGAAAGAAGAAGAAAGAAAAGCAAAAGAUGAAGCGGCCAUGGCAGGUAAAAGACUGCAGUCACUAUCCCUUAACAAGUAAGCACAGGACAUGCAAGAGGAGGAAACUCCAGGGAACUGUGCCUGGUGCCUGCCAGGAACUCUGUCGUGUUGCAUACCAUAGAUGCCACGUAGGGUGUACUGCGGCAUCGAAGUCACCUUCACCUCCAAGAGACACUGACGAUGUGUUUGUCCUCAUCCUGGCACAGAUUUCCAUUUGGGGUUAGGGGCAGCUGCUAUCUUCGGUGCAGAACUGUGCUGAACAGCAAUUCUCUGUAACAGUUUGGAAACCUGAAUGUUUUUGCUGAUUUUAGGAUUCAGAACUCAUAGACGGGGCGGGAGGGAGCUGUGCGGGAGGGGAGCUGCUUCAAAUAUUAGAUUGCAAGAAAAUAGAUUGUGGGGUCAUUGUGGGGUGGGGCAUGGGGUGGGGAAUUUUGACUUGCUAGUGAAAGCCCAAAGGAUAAUGUAUCUGAGGAAUCCUUUUUGGGCAAAUGGCCCAUCAAAUUUUGCUGCAGGGUGUUGCAGUAUAAGCUGGGAGCCUGACUUCAUGGACAUCUGGAGUGCCGUUUCUUCCCGGUUUCAUCCCUCCUUUCUUGCAGCCAGUCUCCCCUUUUCCCUCCUCUUCAUUUUUUUUUUUUCUUCUCCUUAUUAGGGAUAGUGCCAGUUUUUAACCACAUCAUCCUUUGUUUAAAGGAAAAAAAACAAACAACAUUAAUUGUAUCAGACCCAGAUGGAAAAAAACUUGAUAAAGUUUAAAAAACGACAACAACAGAACUUGUAUAUUUGGCUGAUUAAAAUGUAAGUUAUCAUAACUGCUCUGUCCUCGUCUUGUGUGUGUGUAAACGAACACAAGUGUACAGGCUGCUGCUGAGAUGCAAGGUGCAGUAGCAGUCCGGUGGUGUGGUGACUUCUGCAUCUGCUGCUUUGCUGGUCUGUGUUGUUUGUGGUGUGGAGUUUGGCUUGAGGUUCAGGAGCUCCAUCAGCAGAUGCAGCCUGAAGGUGAAAAGCUUUUCCUGCUGUCUCUGAUGGACUGUCUUGCACAAUCUGAUUACCACAGUGGAGAUAACGGUUACCCUCAGGCUGCUGUCGGACCUCGUUGCUGUGUCAGAAGGCCGGUCCCCGAACUGUCACCCCUGUCAGAUGUCCUGUCUCACAGUGUAGGGCUGCUGGAGCAGGAGAUGCUCUAACCCGCUGCGCCCCAGGAGGUCCAGGGUGUCCUGCUGUCAGCCUGUGCCAGGGACACCAGCACUUCCCAGACUUGCUUACCAAAGGCUGGAGGAGAUUCAGCCCCAGAGCUGAGACGAGAGCGCUCUCGGCGUCGCUAGCAGAGAGGUUACGGUCGUAGAGGUGCAGGGUGACAGAACAAAUCACAUUUGUGUAAUCCUCUCCAUGCCUGGCUGUGGGGGCUCCGGCUCAUAUGAGGGUGUGCCAGGGUGGUGUGCUACAGGGCAUGUCGCUGUGAGCUGCCUGCCCAAACCGUGGUGAGGAACUUGCUUUCCUGGUGCGGGAAGGCCGGGUCAUCUCUGCACAUGGGUGAAAGUGUAACCCCUAGGGCUGUUCCGCCAGCCUGUGGUUUUGUGCCCCAAAGCAUGAUCUGAGAUGAGA